GUGCAGGAGGAAACUGGAGUAAGCAAUUUUCACUUAAACAUAUCGCCUUCCUAAAUUAGCAACACAUAACGACCAAUCGUUAUCUAAACGAUGUUUUUUUCUUUUCUCAUUACUUUUUCCAGAUUGAUACUGAAUUUAUGGAGGUUAUGGCUUUCAGGCAUGUUCACGAUGUGGCCUUUCAAAAGUCAGAUUUAUUCUUCGUCUGCCUGUUAAGACCCCUGUCAAAACAGAUCAUGGUUGAUGAUCUAGAAAUUCAGGAUGCUAAGUGGAUGCCUCUAGUUGAGUUUGCGAAGCAACCUCUAAUCCAAGAAGACGACAUGUUGAAGAAAAUAAUUGACAUUUUCAUCGCUAGACUAGGGAAGCGCUACUGCGGAUUGUCUGUCCAUCAACUGGUUUCCAAAUUUGAUGACAAACUUUCUACAUUGUACUUUAACACAGUUGAUGAUCCAAAUUUGAACUGUCAAGCCAGUUAGCAUCACAA